AUGCCGGGACUGAUCAGCAAAGAGAAAUGGAAGGCCUUGCCCCUGAGCGUGUCCGACAUCAGCUCCUGCGUGCGGGGCUACACGCUGGCCAUGACGGCCUCCCUCACAUACGACAACAUGGAGGACCACUCCAUAGAGGGAAUCUUCAUUUAUCCACUGGAGGAAUGCUCGACGGUCGUCGGCUUCGAGGCAAUGAUCUCCUCUCAGAUCAUAACCGUGCAGAUCAAAGACAAAACCAAGAUCGAUGACUGUUACUCUGAUUGUUUAUCCUCAGCCAAUGGGGCACUGCAGUCGGGAAGUGGCCACAUCGUGAUGGAGGAGGACCUGGAGAGGAUGGUGCUGGUGGUGAACCUGGGCGAGAUCCCCCCUAUGGAGACAGUCAGCGUGCUGGUCAGCACCUCCUCUGAGCUCCCCACGCUGCCCAGCGGUGGCAUCAGGGUGCUGUCCCCUCCCGUCUGCACCCCCAGGGUCCAGCGCUCCGUCAAGGAAGAACAGCUCUUCUCCCCCAGCGCCAGUAGGAGGAGGGACAGGCAUCACUGUGCCCUGGGCCCCCACGAUCAGCAGCUGGUCCCGGGCAGCGGGCAGCAGCUGUGCCUGGCAUGGCUGCUGGAGGAUGAGGCCAUCAACUCCAUAGACUACGACUUCAACUUCCAGCUGGAGAUCCGAAGCCCAUACCUGCUCGCAGGUGUGGAGAGCCCGUCGCAUGCCAUCCGGGCAGACGCAGACCCCUGUGCCCGCUCCGCCACCAACAUCGUGGUCACCCUGGCUGACAAGUACACUUACGACUGCCCGGUGGAGAUCCUCAUCUACCCCAGUGAGCCUCACCUGCCCCAUGUGCUGGUGGAGAACGGGGACAUGACUCUGGAGGAGUACGAUGAGUACCUGCACAGCAGGAGUGACUUCAUCAAGGGCACCAAGAAGGACGGCAGUGACCAGAAGAAAGUGGAGAUCCUACGCAAGCGGCUCCACAAGGACAUCCUGCACAACCCCGUGGUGAUGCUCAACUUCUGCCCCGACCUCAAGUCCGUGACCUCCGACCUCAUGACCGCGCAGGGCGAGUUCAUCUUCCUCAUCGACCGCAGCGGCAGCAUGAGCGGCAUCAACAUCAGCCGCGUCAAAGACACAAUGGUGGUGAUUCUGAAGAGUCUCUUCCCAGCCUGCUUGUUCAACAUCGUGGGCUUUGGCUCCUCCUUCAAGUCCCUCUUCUCCAGCAGCCAGCCCUACGAUGAGGAGAGCCUAGCAACAGCGUGCGAGCACGUCAGGAAGAUGCGUGCUGACAUGGGCGGCACCAACCUUUGGGCGCCGCUCAGCUGGAUCCUGAGGCAGCCCCUGCACCGCGGCCACCCCCGCCUGCUCUUCCUGCUCACCGACGGGGCCGUCAGCAACACCGGACGAGUCAUCGAGCUGCUCCGCCGACACGCACGCUUCACCAGGUGCUACACGUUUGGCAUUGGCCAGGGUGUCUGCCGAAGACUGGUGGAGGGGCUGGCCAUGGUGUCUAAAGGGACCGCUGAGUUUCUCAUGGAGGGAGAACGGCUACAGCCCAAGAUGAUCAAGCUCCUGAAGAAGUCCAUGACGCCGGUGCUGAGUGACAUCUCCAUCGAGUGGCUGUUCCCGGAGACCAAGGAGGUGCUCCUGUCCCCCGUGGGCAACACCUUCCUCUUCCCAGGGGACCGCCUGGUUGGCUACUGCGCCGUCUGUGACACCACACGCUACCACCCCAACCCCAAAUCAGAGAAGCGCAGGCGAUACAGCAUGAUGCGAUCCAAUGAGUCCACCAGCUCCGUCUUCUACCACUCUCAGGAGGAGGACUUGACUAGCAGGAGCGCACUGGACAGCACAGCCACACACAGCGGUCACCACGUGCACUCUGGAGCCAUGUUCGAUGGCUACCAGGACAGCCUGUCCGAGAGCAGCCCACUACCGAAUGAGAACGACUCGGGAAUGGACACACAAACGUCGCCAAGGAGACGGGCCUACAGCACCAAUCAGAUAAUGGAUUACAACCCGGCCAAGAGGGUGUACACGCCCAGCGACCCCACGUCUGUGAUGGGCAAGAACCCUCUACGGAGAGCAAAGGUCCAGGAACUGAUUAACCAGACCAGUCCUGACCAUGGAGCACAGUGGAAAUUAGAUUAUCAGCCGCAGCUGGCCAGUUUGUGUGCCACGUCCUGCAGGGGGCAGACUGCUGCAGGAGGGGAGCAUGGGCGCUGCCCCCAACCACUACAACCACCACCACCACAGCACCAGCAGGAGCAUCAGCAGCAGGAGGACCACCAGGAGCCAGAGCUAGAGGCAGCGGCCCAAGUAGAGCCACAGUUUCCCCAGCCAAGUGCCAAACCACAGCCAAUGGGACGCAGUACAGCCCCAGCCUCACAAGCCCCAGCUCCUGCCCAAAUCCAAGCCCCAUCAUCUCCACACACUCCUGCUCCUGCUCCUGCUUCUGCUCCACUGCCAGCCCCUACCCCUGUGCCAGUCUUGGAGAACGGCUCCAGGUCCUCCUCAGAGAGCCCCUCCAUGGGCAGCACUGGAGAGGGAGACGGCUAUGCACAUCAGCUGUGUGAAGCGGAGACUCCCCAGGACUCCCGCCAUCCCGUGUCUGCCGCCACCACCUCUGCCACCAGCCCCCCCGUCCCUGUGAGGGGUGAGUGCAAAGCUGUGGUGUCGGGGCUGCUGUGCGGUAAAGCGGUGAAGUGGGAGGUGCCAUUCGACAUAGAGCCUUACCUGGAGGGCCGCGAGCGGGAGGAGAAGGUGACCGAGGAGCUGUGGAACGAGACCUUCCACCACCUGGCCGCACAGUCCAUCAUCCAGGACUUCGAGCAGAUGGCGGAGAGAGAGAGCGAGAUUGAACACGGGUCUGGACGCAGGUAUCAGCUGUAUGCCAUUCACACGAGCAAAGCCUGCAACAUCCUGAGCAAAUACACAGCCUUCGUCCCCAUCGAUCUAGACACUAAUGAAUAUUUACAGACCUCCAUUGAGUUCAGCAGCACGGGAGAGGACUCCAAGAAAAGCUCCCAGCCAGGCUCGCGGUCCGGGAGCAGGAAGAAGCGAGGCUACUCUAUCGGCCUGGGCCGCUCCCAGUCAGGCUGCAUGUCGGAGGCAGAAGAUGGCCUUCUGCCCGCAAAUGUUGAUGAAGGCGCCUCCUACUGCAGCACUCCAUCAUCCUCAUCUGGAUGGGAAACGUACAGAUUCACAGAUGCCUCUCAGCGGAGUCCGUCAGUGACCUCGGAGCACUCACAGAGAUCCGUGGAGAGCCUCUUCUCAGCCAGGCUGAGCCUGACGCGGACCAGGCUUCUGACCAAGGCCGCCAGGGGCUUCAUGAGCCGCAGCCAAAGCAAGACCAGUGACACGGCAGGGGACGGGGACGGGGACAGCAAAGACUACAUCCCUCUGGUGUCCUUGCAGCUGGCCAGCGGGGCCUUCGCGCUGGACAGCGCUCUGUGCGAGGCCAUCGGCGUGCCCAUUAGCAAGCUGAAAUGGACGUCUCCCUUCACCAGCCACCGCCAGAGCCUGCCGCACCUCUCCCACUCCAGCAGCCGCCGAGGAGAGAGCCAGGACGGGGAUGCAAGUGGAGGAGGGGGAGGGGGAGGAGGCAGCCCCCAGCCCUCUCCAACCCCUGAAACGAAGCCUGACACAGAACUGAGUGUGGGCAGCCAAAGCCCUCUAGCCAGGAGCCCGCACAGCCUCCGGGCAGACACUGCAGCAGCAGGCUCCCCUUUCCUAACCAACCCCUUCUCCAUCACCACCACCUCCUGCUCCUCCCCCUCCUCCCCCUCCACCACAUCCUCCCUCUCCACCACCUCCUCCUCCCUUCCUGCCCAGGAGCCUCCGCACUCCCCCGGCUACUCGCAGAUGGACAGUGGCCGUGGGUCAGAUUCGGAGCGGCCGGGGACCCCUGUGGAGGCCCAGGGCCGAGGGCCACAACACCCCCACCAACACCACCAGGCCCAGCAGACCCAGGCCCAGCAGAGGGACUCCCUGGAUCCGGAGAGCCUGGUGUGGGCCACAGCCGUGUCCCUGGCCUGGCUGGAGCACAGCUCGGCCAGCUACUUCAUCGAGUGGGAGCUGGUGGCCGCCAAGGCCAGCAUGUGGCUGAGCCGGCAGGACAUGCCCGAGGGCAAAGACCUGGCCAACGUGAAGGCGGCCGCCAACCAGCUCUUCAUCAUCCUCAGGCACUGGGACGAGAACCUGCAGCUCAACAUGCUCUGCUACAACCCCAACAGUGUGUGAUGG